AUGGGAAUGAUCCUAUCUUCGCAGUUUGCAGCUUUAGCUGCCGCAAGACCGGAGCAAAAUGCCGCUACUUCUGUCACCACGUAUUACUUCGCACAGCAACUUGGAUUGAUGACUGGUAUUACCACCGUGAAAGCAUUACUUAUUAAGGAAAUGAGACGUGGCCUGAACGUGACGCUGAGUGGUCAGCCUGGGCGCGCUGGGUUGAUCGACCAAAUCAUGAGACACCGGCAGAUCAAGGGCUUACUGCCUCCUGCACUUGCAGAACCGGUGCGCAUUGUCAUCCAAAAAUGUUAUUUCGUGUCACCAGCCACUGCACUUGUCUUCUUACUUCUCGCAUUUUUCAUUGUGCUCAGGCAAAGGGAGAUUAAGACCUUUUGA